GCAACAUUCUUGGACUUGACUGGUUAUUGUGGGUUUUCUGGGCUGUGUGGCUGUGGUCUGGUUGAUCUUGUUCCUAACGUUUCACCUGCAACUGUGGCUGGCAUCUUCAGAGAUAUAUCACAGAGAGAACUCAAAUUCAAGUAUAUUUAUGAAAAAUAUGGUUAUCUCACUAGCUCAUAACUACAAUGGAUACUGGGGUUUUAAAACAUCAGUUGAAGAUAUGUGGCUUUAAGAAAAGUAAUGAUGUCACAGAGUUGUAUCUAGGAGAAAGAGGUUUGAAAGAAGUCCCUGAUUUAUCACAGUUCCGGAUACUAACGUAUUUGUGGCUAAAUAAUAAUAAGAUUGAGAAAUUAACUUUUUUGAAGCACAACUGUUACUUGAGAGAACUGUACCUCAAUAACAAUGAAAUCAGAAAUAUAGCAGGUUCUCUUAGACAUGCACAUUCAUUGCAGAUCCUGCUGCUUCAUAAUAACCAGUUGAAGAACCUGGAAACAACUGUGAAAGAGCUAAAAGGAAUGAUGAGUCUACAGACCUUAAAUCUGUUUAAUAACUGUCUGUCACAAGAUUGCAGAUACCGUCUUUAUGUUAUAUACCACCUUCCUUCAGUUCUGUUGUUUGAUAGAAAAGAAAUAACUGCUGAAGAAAGAUCAUUGGCUCUGAAUAUUUACAACCACAAACAGACCUUUGUCCUCCAAUCUAUAGGAUUUGGGAAGAGAAUAGAUGUCCCACUAUUGCCUAAGGCACCAUUUAAUAAAAGCUGGCCGUUAACUAAAGUGUUGCGCUUGCCUCCAGGUUGUGAGUUUGGAAAUCACUUGGUUAAAAUUCCAUUUGAAAAUCCAGAAGAUGCUGUCUUUGUGAGGGCAAUGAAACGUUCUAUAAUGGAGUUCCGUACUGUCAAUUGGGAUAAAGUGCCCACCUCUGAAGAAAAAUACCUUGGCACCAAGCCAGAAAAACACCCGGAGAGACUGACAGUAAAAUUCAGAUAACUGCAAAGUUUCCUUAGGAAGCAGUGUUGCUUUUUGAUACAGACAACUUUCUGCUUUAAAAGUCAAGACAACUGACACUACUGCCUUUAUUAGAACUGUUCAGGGUGUGAUGCGUACACCUUGAUGAGCAAGAUCAAACUUUAAACUGGUAAUAAUUGAUUUUCAAACAGGAAAUGCAAAUUCUCACCAU